CGUUAUUAUAUAUAUAUAAUUUCGAGCAAAGCUCAUCGAUCAAUCUACUGUAUAGCUUGGCGGUCAAUCAGUGCGGUGAUACUGAGUCGAAGUCGUCAUAACCGGAAACGUUUUUAUUUCGCGCAAUAAUAUAUUAUUAUUUUUAUCGUCUUACCUAUUGACAUCAUAAUAAUAUAUUAUUAUUAUACAAUCAUAUCAUAGCAAGUAAUAACGAGACGUCAUACAGUAUAGUCGGUGGAUUGUAAGUGACGAUUGUGUUAAAAAUAUAUUAGUCGUAAACAGGCUGUACGCGUAUCAUCAGUAGAUUCAACCGUUAUGGAUAAACGCAAUGUUAACGACGUGACGAAUGCGUCGAACCGCAAACAACCGCUGAAAACGGCCGUUAGCAUGCCGAUACUCAGUCAGAGGAGUGCAAAUAACGACGAAAUCCGACGCGAGCAGAGACGUCAGCUAAAGGUCAAUAUGGGUGAGGUAUCCGCACUUCCGGACAGCAGAGAAGACGACGAUCUACCGAGGACUCCUUUGACCAAGUCGACAAGCUGCUACGUGCAACAGUCGGGUGGACAACUGAAGAACAACAAAUUGUCCCGAGCCGACGAUCAAUAAACAUUUUUAUAAAUACGGCGCAUCAAUGAUAUCGAUAUUAAAAUACGUAAAGGUAUAAUGCAACAAAAUAAAAACAAUGCAAAAAUGAUAAUAAUAAUAUGCCUAUGUAGGUAAGGUUUAAUGAAUAAACUAUUGUUUUUAUUUAUUUA